AUGCUGGUCAAUUGCUGUGAUUAUUGUUGUGAGGAUGCGGGGCGGGGGGAAGGUAGGGUGCGUCGCGCAGGCGUGCUUCAGUCGCCCGCGCGACCCCGCUGCCGCCGGCCGCGCGCCAUGGACGAAGGAAGAGCGCGCGAUCGCGCUCCACUCACGGUUAUAGUCGCCCCGAGCAACGCCUCACCACCCAGACUGUCACCUGCGGACCUGCUGCCCGAUGGGGACGCGGCGUUUCACCCUCUGUCCGCAGUGAACGGGCGCCUGACCCCGCCGGGGCUCGAGCCAGCAUCGUACGCGACGCUUACCCCUCUGCUCCCGCUGCCGCCGAUCAGCACUGUCUCGGACAAGUUCGCGUACCACGCCGGGGGCACGUUCACAGUAAUCCAGCAGCAGCAGUCGUACGCGUCCCUCUCACCGACUGCUUACAAUGAGCCGCUGUCACCACAGUCAGCGUACAGCAGGCGGAGUGCAUCGCCGAACUCAUUCGAAAGGCGAUCCCCCACGCCGCCAUUACCGAGUCCAGGGCUGGACUUGAACGCGGCGUUGCUUGCCAGGGAGGAGCAGCAAGCGCAACAACAGCAACAAGCUCAGACAGAUACAGAAGAAAUAAAUACAAAAGAAUUAGCUCAGAGGAUAAGUGGGGAACUGAAGAGGUACUCGAUCCCUCAGGCAAUAUUUGCUCAGAGGGUGCUGUGUAGGUCCCAGGGGACGCUGAGUGACCUGCUGAGGAACCCGAAGCCCUGGUCGAAGCUCAAGUCUGGAAGGGAGACGUUUAGGAGGAUGUGGAAAUGGCUUCAGGAGCCGGAGUUCCAGAGGAUGUCGGCACUGAGGCUGGCAGCGGCCCAGAUCCCACAGAGAGGCAGUGAGUAUCUUGAACCUUAUCCUAACAGCAUUAAAGGAGACAGCCGCAUAUGUUGCAAGCGCAAGGAGGAUUUGGGUUCGGAUAUGGCUUCCCCGAAGAAACCGCGUUUGGUUUUCACAGACCUCCAGCGGCGUACUCUACAGGCUAUUUUUAAGGAAACAAAAAGACCAUCAAAAGAGAUGCAAGUAACAAUAGCGAGACAAUUAGGACUAGAGCCUACGACAGUGGGCAACUUCUUCAUGAACGCGAGAAGACGGUCGAUGGACAAGUGGAAGGAUGACGACGCGCCAAACACAGAUCUCGACCAGCAGUGUGAACCUCAUGACCUGGACAGGGUUCCUAGUCUUGAUUCAGCAGAAUCUGAGGAAGACCACGAUGACCACGAUGACCAUCUUUUGUGA